AUGGAGAGGAGCGGAAGAAGCAGGGCGGAGAAGAAGAGUGAGAAGAAGAAGCAGGUGCUGUUGGAAGGGUACGUGGAGGAGGAUCUGGCGAGGACGAAGAGUUUAACGGACGAGGAUCUGGAGGAGUUGAAGGGGUGUUUGGAUCUGGGAUUUGGGUUCAGCUACGACGAGAUUCCUGAGUUAUGCAACACCUUACCAGCGUUGGAGUUGUGUUAUUCCAUGUCUCAGAAAUUCAUGGAUAACUCUCCCCCCUCGCCUCACUCACUCUCCACCUCCAUUGCCAACUGGAAAAUCUCAAGCCCCGGUGACCAUCCCGAAGAUGUCAAGGCCAGGCUCAAGUUCUGGGCCCAAGCUGUUGCCUGCACUGUCAAGCUCUGCAGCUGA